UAUUCAAAGUCCAAAGUCCAAGCUUAUUUCUUUUUCACUCUAUAAUGCUCCCUUCGUACUUACAGUAACGGACCGAGUUCCCUGUUGCUAAUUCAAAUGGAAAUGGAGCUACUUCUAUCUAUCAAACCCAAAUUCUCCCUUUCAUCUAAAACCUCCACAAAUCUGCAAUUGGGUAUUAGAUGGCCUUGCUCACGGAAAACUUUUAGCAGAGCCCUUUCAAUGCAACAUUCUUUAUCCAAAAGGGUAUUCAGGACAUAUUCAGUAAAUCCUAAACAAUCUAUAACAGUCUCCAUUGCAGGGAUAACAAGCAUAUCAAGUAUUGUUUUGUUCUUGGAGGAUGCAUAUGCAGCAGAUUCAAUGUCAAGUGAGAUAGUGCAGUCUGCUUCUAAAGCACCACAGUGGCUUGCACCUGCAGUUCUGGCAUUCCCUGUUGUCUCGUAUCUUUUAUUCAACAUUUAUCGUGAUAAGAUUAAUCCUGAUGCCAAAGUCACUGAUUGGAUGUAUGGUCUAGCUGCGAUGGUUAUUGUGGCAAACCUUGUAACACUUGUCACAUUAGGGGUUCGGUUAUACUAAUGUGGACUAAAAGUACCACAAUUGCAAACAUGCGAAAAGAAAGAAACUUCACUGAACCUCUAGGCUCUAGUUACUUUGAACAGAAAUCAAGCAUGUAAACUUGACUUUGAUUUUUGAGCAAUUAUAAUAUGUGCAGCCGGAUCCUUAAUUCA